GUUUGGCUUCCUGCCGCCUGACGGGGGCAGGGGAGGGGCUCACGUCAUCUGGCCCCACGCGUGAGGAGCCCGCCGCACCCCUCUCCCUGUGUCAGGAGGAAGUGUUCCCAGCUGAUGUGCGUUCUCCCGCAGCGUGGGGACACUUGGAGCUCCUCCUCUCAGGGUGCUGGCCAGGCUCGCCCUUAAUACGAGCUGCCCUCACCCCCUGUGCCCCAACUGGAGGUCCCUGGCCAGGGAGGCCACCCUCUGCUCCCCAUCCCCGGGACCAUUCCAGGUGCGGCCAUGAACAGCAGCAAUAGCAGCUGCCCGGCAUGCUGGGCGUCCAGCCCUCCAGUGAUUGUGCCCUACCUGGGCUGCCUGCUGGCGCUGGGGCUGCCCCUCAAUGGGGCGGCGCUGUGGGUGCUGUGCCGGCGCCUGCGGGUGUGGACGGAGACCCGCGUGUACAUGGCCAACCUGGCGCUGGCCGACCUGUGUCUGCUGUGCACGCUGCCCUUCUUCCUGCACUCCCUGCAGGAGCUGGGGGACACGGCCUUCUGCCGGCUGUCCCAGGGCGUCUACCUGGCCAACCGGUACAUGAGCAUCGGACUGACGGCGGCCAUCGCCCUGGACCGCUACGUGGCCGUGCGCCACCCCCUGCGCGCCCGCGGGCUGCGCUCGCCCCGCCAGGCCCUGGCCGUGUGCCUGGGGCUCUGGGCGCUGGUGGCCGGCUCCCUGCUGGCCCGCGGGCUCCUGGCCUCUCACCGCGGUGGCUUCUGCUUCUCCAGCGGCGCCCCAGGGCCCUCGCCCACCGUGGCCUUCUCCCUGGUCGGCUUCUACCCGCCCCUGGCCGUGCUGGCCUUCUGCUCCCUGGGCGUGGUGGCAGGCCUGGUGCGCCGGCCUCCCGGGGACCCCGCGCAGGCCCGGGCCAGCUGCCGCGCGGCCCGCAUGGUGCUGGCGCACCUGGCCGUCUUCCUCGUCUGCUUCCUGCCCCUGCACGCCGUGCUCACCGCCUGCCUGGCCCUGGGCACGCUGCCCUGCGGCAUCCGCUGCGCCCUGGCCGCCACCGCCAAGCUCUCGGACGCCAACUGCUGCCUGGACGCCGUGUCCUACUACUACAUGGCCAGCGACUUCCGCCAGGCGGCCAGGCCCACGCCGCACCGCCCCAGCCCCCAGCCCACCCGGGACACGCUGAGCGUGACCGUGGCCUAGAGCCUAGAGCCUAGAGCCUAGAGCCCGGCCGGCCGGGGCUGUGGGGGGCUGGCUCCCGCGGGGGCGCCCACCUGGAUGAGGAGGUACUGGCCACGUGGACCCUGGGACAGACAGACAGGCCUGCGGCAGGGUGGACGCCCCUGACCAACAUGGAACUGGACGCCCCUGGCCACGUGGGACUCAGGGUAACUACAAGCCCUGAGGCAGGAUGGACGCCCCUGACCUCAUGGAACUGGGGGCCACUCACUGACCAACAGAGAGCCUGGGGAGCCUUACAAGGCCGGAGGCGGCACGGCUGCCCUGACCACAUGGCGCCCUGGGACCUGACAGGCCUGAGGCAGGAUGGACGCUGAGGACUGACAUGGAGCUGGACCCCAGACCAUGGGCCCGGGGGGCUCACUCUCCAGAGCUCUGUGUGGGCAGGACCACCAAGGUGGGGACGUGGCCACUGCAGAGCUGCGACAGGAGGGGGCAGGCAAGGCUGAACCUGGGGGCCCCAUGGGUGGACAGCUGGUCUCUGGCUCACAGGGGCCCCAGAAGGGCACCUGCUGGCUCUGGGGGCGCUCUGGCCGCUGACCCCCUCCAAUAAAUCUGUCCUCCGAGGAGGCCGCAGGGCGUGUGCUUCUCUCCUGCUCAGAAACCGGGUGGGGGGCUGUGAGGGCCACGGGGUCCCCUCCAGGGCCCCUCACUCCAUCUGCUCCCCAUGCCCCCCAGACACCCGUCCAGGAAGGGUCUGUUCAGGUCACCGGUGGGUCCCUCCUGCCCCAGGGGGCACUCACUGUGAGGGCAGAAGGGGACACUCUAGCUGCGGAGGUGGCCUCCUAUGAGGGGGCAGCCUGGCCUGGUGGGGUCAGUGGGGACAGGUGACGUGACAGUCUGAGGCAGGGCUAGACACCCUGACCACAGAGCCAGGACCCCAGGCUGGCUGACUGGAGGCACCCAGAGAUCUCUGUGUCAGGAGAGAGAGAGGGCAGGGCUGUGUGUCUGGGAGAGGCCAGGACACAAGGCAGGGCAAGAGGUCAGAGGCCUGAGCAGGGCCCACCCAGCACCCCAUGGUGGACGUGGGACCCUGGGGUGUUGCCUCUCCUCCCCCAGCCCAGGACAAAUUGAAGCUUCAGCCUGAGAUGAGCUGGUGGGAGUUCCUGGUGGGGGCACCCAUCUUCUGCUC